AUGGACCGGGUGAAGAAAACGACGGGCUGUGUUCUGACCAGAAAGGAGGAUUACUAUCUUGACUCGGAGGUGACGGACGGAAUUCCGGAAGAACAGGUGUGCAGGAAAGUUCCAGCUCCAGAAGACCCACAGCACAUCCUGCUGGAGACGGAGGGGUUUGGGAUGACAACGCCUGUGACAAUUGCUGGGAAAGUGUUCCUGAUAUUUUAUGGGCUUCUGGGCUGCGCUGCAACUAUCCUCUUUUUUAACCUCUUCCUGGAGCGCAUCAUAACACUCCUGGCUGUGGUAAUGAAGGCUGUGAGAGAAAGAAGAAUCAGGAACAGCGGUCUCCUUCCACCAGGAAUCCGGCAUGACUUCUCAGCCUACUCUCUCCCAGGAUGGAAGCCAUCCGUGUACCACGUGAUGCUGAUUCUGGGACUGUCAGCCAUAACCAUCUCCUGCUGUGCGUCGGCUAUGUACAGCCCCGUAGAGGGCUGGGCCUACUUAGAUUCACUCUACUUCUGCUUUGUCACCUUCAGCACCAUUGGCUUUGGUGACUUUGUCAGCAGCCAGAGCGCUGCCUACCAAUACCAAAGCCUCUAUAGGGUGGCCAACUUCUUCCUAAUGCUUAUGGGCGUCUGUUGCAUCUACUCACUCUUCAAUGUAAUUUCUAUUGUUAUCAAGCAGGUGCUUAACUGGAUGCUGGAGAAAAUGAGCUGUUUGUUUUGUCAGCGUUGCAGUAAGGCAAACGCCCUCCUGGGUAGGCGAAACGCCAUCCGCCCAGGCUCCAGGGGUCGUCAGAGUCGGUUCAGUCAUCAGCCUGACUCAGACGGUCCAUGUGAUAGUGAUACCGAAGGACGGAGGCUAUCAGGGGAAAUGAUCUCCAUGAAGGACCUGGCGGCUUCAAACAAGGUGUCCCUUGCUCUCAUGCAGAAGCAGCUGUCUGAGUCUGCCAACGGAUAUCCCAGGACGGUCUGUGGCAGCUCUCGCCAUAAUGGCUUCUCUGGGGGCGUGGGGGCCCUUGGUAUCAUGAACAACAGACUGGCAGAGACGAGUAACUCCAGGUAGAACAUGCAGAGAGGAAAACAAAGCAUCCAAACAUCUCUCAAACUUUAUAGUAGAACCCUGCAGUUCUGCUGAAAUGGUAACUUGUUAUGCAUGUCAUAUAUCAUUUUUAUACUCCUGACUGGAAUUAAAAACCUCUUCUAAGGAUGAUGGCAUGAACAGAGAAUCACAGAGCUCCUCUUAAAGCAUGGUGACAGCACUCUCAACCUAAGACUCAAAAAGAAUGAGCUUUAAAAUAUCAGCUCUUGGCUGGAACCAGUUGGUGCACCCAGUCAGUUCAUCAGACCUUUUAUGGUUGAAUCAUUGUGCUGUAAAAGAGCCAAGUGAAGCAAACUGCACAGUUUUUGCUUUCUUGGAGUGUUGCCAGUUCAUUUGAAUGUACAUAUGCUGACAAAAAAAGUAUAACCGCUGACUGAUAUAGCACAUACUGAUCUAUGCAUUAUAUUUCUUGUACAUUUUGCACCAUUUUUCAACGUUUCCUUUCUUUUGCCCCUAUCCUGCCUUUUGUUGAUUAAUUUCUUUUCUUGGGGCCAACAGUGAAAAGUAGACCUUCACAUCAUGGCCAUGAUGUAGCUGAUUUAAAGGGGGUUGUAGCAUAGGACAGCUUUCCAGUGCUACACCAACAAGCUACAAAGAGAAAUUUCCUCUCUCUGCAAAUGGAAAAAAGGAAAAAGAUGAAGAAUGAAAAUCUGUUUCUUGAGAGAGAGAAACUGGCCUUCUUAUCAGCUAUAUGCACAUGUUUGAGUGGCCAGACACUGACUUGAAGGGUAAAAGAUGGCACCAACCAUAUCUUUCUUUCUCCAUGCCGUAUGUUUCAAGCUAAACAACUCACUGUGAGGAAAAUAAAGAGUUUUUUUCCUGUUUGGUAUUAACUGCAGUGUAUUAUAAAGAAAUUGCAAAAAGAAGAAAAGGAGAAAAACACUACAUAGGUUAAAGAUGUAUGAGGAGGUCCUUUUCCCUAGAAUGCAAAGGUUUUCAUGAAACAUUUUGUGAUUUCAAAAGGAUUCAGGUUAUCCUAUAUAUUCAUACAUUUCUUAGAUUUUGGCCCUUAAUUCCACAUGUUUCAAUGUAUUUUAUAGGGAUUUAAUAUCAUAUAACACAGUAAUGCAC